AUGUUGGUUUCUCUUAUUUUUGGAUUUUGCGCAGGAGAGAUUUUGUAUAUCAAGAAUUAUGGCGAAAAGAUUGAUUUGAGGCGAUUUGCGAGCUGUCAUAUUUAUGAUAUGGAGCUGACGAAAACGAUUACUGUCAAGUUGUCAGAAGAUGAAGACGUAGAGUUUUUGGAUAUAAACGAUGUUCAAGUUGGAAUUGGUCACGUGCCUCUACCAAUCCAGAAACCGGUCGGCUACGGAAAACAUCUAAUCCAAUGGAUCACCGGCGAAAAUACUUCAAAGAAAAUUUCCUCCGAACUCGAAAAGCAGCUCAUUUGCACAAAAGAAGAAGACGACUGCUUCAUCCGGGUGAAUUUCAGCGGCAAAAAUGUGCUCAAAAUUCGAGGAAUUUCACAAAGCUUCUGUCAAAACGCAUUUAUUACGACUUCAAAGCGACCAGCUCAUGAUCUUUUAAAAAGUCAUCAGCCGGAUUUCAGAGUUGAGAAUCAUCAGCAAGAAAAGGAGUUUUUCUCGAUGGGACUGAUUAUUGGAAUUUCUUCGUCAGUGGCAGUUUUCUUUAUUUUGGGACUCCUGGUCGUCAUUUUCAUUCGACGACGUCAAAAAAAUCUUGAAAAGGAGGAAGAAUCGGCAUGGAACGCUCAAUCGUCUGGCGAAUCAAGAAGAGUGGAGCAUAUUUACGAAGAAAUAGACGAUUCCCUCAUCGGGCAAAAUCCUUCUUAUCAUGUUUACGACACGCUAGAAUAUGCAACGACAGGGAGAGCACAGACAAAUGGAUAUGACCACCUUCAACUGUAA